AUGGCUGUCUUGGUCCACAUAUAUACUAGGGACGAGAAGCACAAGGCACCUUACCAGAAAGUUGAGAAACUAAAAGAGCUGAUCUCAGAGGGGGUUUCUGAAAGCUACAAAAUCAAAGUGGAAGAACAUGAAAGACUCCUGAAUCUCCUCAAGUUACAACGAGAAUCAGGACUCAUGAGGAAGCAUAGCAGGCAGACUGAGGAUUUGGUGGAAACGGACACGGUAUCACCUAUGAGAAGCAUGAGGAACAUAGCAGGCAGACAAAGGAUAUCGUGGAAACGGACGUGGUAUCACCUCAUAUUAGCAUACAUCACAAAUCAACAACGGAAACUCUCUUGGUUGCUCAACCACAAUGUUCUAAAACAACUGACGAGGGAUCAAGUAACUCUGCUGGUUGUCCAUUUCAAUCUCUUGGCGAACACUUGA